AUGUGUGAAUACAGCACCUCUACAAUACCCGAGCUUACAUUGCAAGUGAAAGAUUACGAACAGAGAAACCUCCUUCAAGAAGUAAGGAUGCCGCUGACCGUAUCCAGUAGUCGAUUUUACAUCAUCGGAGUAAACCCUUACAGUAAUUUUGCAAUCACAGUAAAGUUAUGUAAGUUGAAUAAAGAACAUGAAGCAUUUAUUUUUACAGAGACUGAGUUUAAUGAGCUUAUGCAUAUUAUACCAGAUAUUUUGAAUGGCAAGAACAAUAGAGAAGAAUAUGAUAUCUCAAAUUAUUUUAUUACAAUUCUACCGUUCAAUAAAACGCUUGUGAAGUUUACGAACAAAGAAUCAGGAAAAUAUGACAUUUUCCAAAAAUUAACUUUGGAGAAUUUACUCAGGCUAAGAUCGUUCCACAUACAUUUGGCUGAAAAAUAUACAGAUCUACGUCUGAGCGAUACAUUUAAUUCAAUUUUAGAGGAUCUCGUAGAAGUUAUACAUAAUAAUAAUGUUGAUAAUUAUUACGAUACAAAAAUGUUUACGAACUUUAUAGAAACUCCACCCAAAUAUAAUAAUCAUCUAGUGUAUUUAGAAUUAGUAAAUAAAUUUAAUUAUUUUGUUUAUACCAGUAUCGGUUCUAAGCUUAAGGCAUGUUUUAAUAGAUAUUAUAAUUAA